UAGCUCAGCUCUUUCUGCCACACUGGCUGGCCUCAGAGCUAUUGCACCCAUUCCCUUUGGCUCCCCUCCCCCUGAAAGGCUAAAUAUGUCCUUCCCACACUGCAGCUGAGCUCCACUGGCCCGGAGCCUACGAUCACUGAAUGGUCUUUCUCAUUCAAUUAAUUCAGCAGAAUUUCACUAAUUUAUCCCCCACCCCUCUAUCUUAUCCUGUGGAAGCCUAAGAGGGUGGUUCAUUUAUUUUUACUGAGAUCCACAGAAUCAGAUCUUCCUUCUCUGAAGCUCUCAGCAAAACAUUGUCAGAGUCCAUACUAUACGCUAAAAUAUACCACAGGGAAAGAAGCAAGAUUUUGCAAGGCUCACGGAUUUCCAGUGCGUCAGUGGAUAACCAAGCCGGAGCACCUCUUCUACUGCUAUGAAAGGAAACCUUCAAACCCUACCACCGUACCACUAUUGGCCUGUUCAAGAGAUGAAAACCAUGAAGACUCUGAUGCUCUUGAUUUGCCUGCUAGGAUCAGCUUCAGCUAUUCCAACUAAGCCUAUUCAUUCUGAAGCCCAAGACGAAGGGAAGACAAGGCCUGCAAACGAGGGCGAUUUGCAGCCCAGCCACAGAAACAUAAAAGCAAAGGUACCAAUAGCAGAUGCUGAGCACAGGCAGAAGCCCUGGACAGCUAGAAGACAUGGACAAAGUGGUCAUGAGCAUCAAAUGAAAACCAGUCUGAAGAGCAUUAACUUCCUUUCCCUGCAGGGUAAACCAGGCUUGACUUCUGAUAGCCAGGAGAGUGAUUCUGGCAGCAGUGGCAGAGAGCGGUCCAGCUCUGACCACUACCAGCUCAGGAGGCACGAGAAACACAGCAACACAGCCAACCAAGCACUGGAUGCUGGAGAAAAUCCAGUGGAUGCUCUCAAUCUCGAUCAUGAGCAUAAUGCAUGGAAAUAUAAUAAAAAUACAGUUGGCCUAUCUGAAAAUAACAGUGAAAGUGAUGAAGAGGAAAACGUGGAAGAAGAGGGUGAGGAAUGGGGGGAAGUGACAGAUUACAGGGAUAUGAAGCACAAAGCCCACCGGACAAGUCACGGAAACCAAUACAGGAGACAGCAGAAAGAAAACAGCAGGCAGUCUGAUGAAAUACUGAGAGAUUCCAGUCAGCCAAUCCAGAUCACCAAGAGACACAGUGAGAAAUUCAGCAUAGAGGAGGAAGAGGAAAGUCAGGAAAAGCCCUAUAAGGAAGAAAAAAUCCCCCUCUCAAAGAAAAGUCAUAAUGAGGAUGAGGAUGAAAAAUGGCAAAGCCAAGAAACCAAAGACAGUUUUCAAGUAAACCAUCAGAGCGAUCAUGGCAUGGUGAUGAAAAGACAGGAUAAGGAGGGCAGUAACGUUGAUAAGGAUGAUAUCGAUAGUGGUGAUGAUGGUGAGGAAGAUCUCAGCAAUGCCUGGAAAGAAGCAGCCUAUGAGGAAGAGGAGAGAAUCCAGAGAAAUGACCAAGACAGCACCAGCAACGAGCCUGAAGGAGAAGGAACCACUGGGGAUGAUAGUGCAGUUCACAGAGAGAGAUGGGAUCACCGAGGUGUCAAGAUUAAAGACCUUACUCACUCUGAACAUGCUAACUAUCACUAUGAGGUGCCUAAUUCUAACAGCAAGCAACAACUGCAAACAAGCGGCCCUGUUCAGAGCAUGAAUUCAAUGGAACCUGUAGAUGAGGUUAAGACCACAGGCAGUUCAUACAGUGCGAGGAGAAGUGCAAGCAACAGCACUGGGGAGGCUUUUCUGGACCCAUGCAGGAACUUCCACUGCAAAAGAGGAAAAGUCUGCCAGGCAGACAGACAAGGGAAACCCGGCUGUAUUUGCCAAGAUCCUGCUGCUUGCCCUUCCACCAAAGAUUAUGAGCGUGUCUGUGGCACAGAUAAUAAGACUUAUGACGGCACAUGCCAACUCUUUGGUACCAAAUGUCAACUUGAAGGAACAAAAAUGGGACGCCAGCUGCACCUAGACUAUAUGGGCUCCUGCAAAUACAUACCUAACUGUACCGAUUACGAAGUAGAUCAGUUCCCCCUCCGUAUGAGAGACUGGCUCAAAAACAUCCUCAUGCAAUACUAUGAACGUGAUCAGGAUACAACUGGAUUCUUAACUGAAAAGCAAAGGAAUAAGGUCAAAAAGAUCUACCAGAAUGAAAAGCGUCUCAUGGCUGGUAACCACUCAGCUGAGCUUCUCCUGCAUGACUUUGAGAAAAACUAUCACAUGUAUGUGUAUCCUGUGCACUGGCAGUUUUAUCAGCUUGAUCAACAUCCAGCUGACAGAUCAUUGAUGCACUCAGAGCUCGCUCCCUUGAGAGCCUCCCUCGUUCCCAUGGAACACUGCAUCACCCGUUUCUUCCAGGAGUGUGACCGAGACCAAGACAAACUCAUUGCUUUGAAGGAGUGGUGCCACUGUUUUGGGAUUAAGGAAGAAGACAUAAAUGAAAAUCUCUUGUUCUGAGCCUGGAUGAGCCUGUUCUGAGCUAGUAUCCCAGUGCUGCACUACAACUGGUCAAAUAUAUGAAGCCCAUUUAUUACUGUAAUUAACAGUUUCAUAGUUUUCAGAACAAAGUUGUCAUAAGGUUCUUGUAGGCUGAGUUAUUCUCAAGUAACACAAGUGCAUAACUGGUAUAAAUUCACUAACAAAAAAAAUUAAGAACUCCAAGUGGGUCAUUGAUGAACAGAAGUUUUUUCCUCCGCCAUGUACCCAUGACCUCUCUGAAGCAAGAAGUAGAACUAACCCUAGAGCAGAAUUGUUGACAAAGCUCUUCUUCAGUAGAACUAGAGGAUGUGGAUCUUACACACUGAAACCUACCUUGGCAUAGCAUUUAUUUCUUUUCCUGUUACUGUCAGUUUAACAUUCUGCAUAGAAGUGUCAAAUAAAGAUGUCUACCUAGA